AUGGAUACCAACAUGGAGGAUGUCAAAAUGCCAGAUCCCGCACAACUCUCGUCGGCCCCGGCAUCGGAGCCUGCCUCAAUCCCCACGCUUGAUGGCUGGAUUGAGAGUCUUAUGAGCUGCAAACAGCUGGCGGAGAGUGACGUGCAGAGACUGUGCGACAAGGCUCGCGAGGUUCUUCAGGAAGAGUCAAACGUACAGCCAGUGAAAUGCCCUGUUACGGUGUGUGGUGACAUACAUGGUCAGUUCCAUGACUUAAUGGAGCUUUUCAAGAUUGGCGGGCCCAACCCUGACACCAAUUACCUCUUCAUGGGUGAUUACGUAGACAGAGGCUACUUCUCCGUCGAGACUGUCACCCUCCUCGUUGCUCUUAAGAUUAGAUACCCCCAGCGCAUCACGAUCCUGCGCGGUAACCACGAAUCACGACAAAUCACCCAGGUGUACGGCUUCUACGACGAGUGCUUGCGCAAGUACGGCAAUGCGAACGUGUGGAAAUACUUCACCGAUCUCUUCGAUUACCUACCCUUGACCGCUCUAAUCGACAACCAGAUCUUUUGCUUGCACGGAGGGCUGUCGCCCAGCAUCGACACGCUCGAUAACAUCCGAGCUCUUGACCGGAUACAAGAAGUGCCGCAUGAAGGACCAAUGUGCGACUUGCUCUGGUCUGACCCCGAUGACCGAUGCGGUUGGGGCAUCUCGCCUCGUGGUGCUGGCUACACCUUCGGACAGGAUAUCUCAGAAGCUUUCAACCACAACAAUGGGCUCACGCUGGUGGCGAGAGCACAUCAGCUGGUUAUGGAGGGAUAUAAUUGGUCCCAGGACAGGAACGUCGUGACUAUAUUCUCCGCACCAAACUAUUGCUACCGCUGCGGUAACCAGGCGGCCAUCAUGGAGAUAGAUGAGCAUCUGAAAUACACUUUCCUGCAAUUCGAUCCCUGCCCGCGCGCUGGUGAGCCGAUGGUUUCGAGAAGGACUCCGGACUACUUCCUGUAA